AUGAAUCAGUCGUUAAAUGACAUAUACCAGCCAGGAACAGAGCUCACUGUCGGCUCUCACCGAGCUCGGAUCAUCAAGUACCUUACAAGUGGUGGGUUUGCUCACAUUUAUACAGCUGAAAUCUGUCCGGCAGAUCUCAGCAGUCCUGCUAAAAUUGCAUGCCUAAAAAGAGUGCUUGUUCCGGACAAGCCAAGUCUUAAUGUGCUACGGGCAGAGGUUGAUGCCAUGAAAUUGCUUCGUGGGAAUCAGCACGUUGUAUCAUAUAUCGACUCGCAUGCCGCCAAAUCGGGAGUUCACGAUGGCUCAUACGAAGUUUUUCUACUAAUGGAAUACUGCUCUGGUGGAGGUUUAAUAGACUUCAUGAACACUAGGCUGCAGAACAGACUCCAGGAAGGGGAGGUACUUAAAAUAACGAGCGAUAUCACUCAGGGUAUUGCAGCAAUGCAUGCUUUGCAACCGCCGCUAAUUCACAGAGAUAUCAAGAUAGAAAAUGUGUUAAUUUCGGACGACAGAACCUUCAAGGUCUGCGACUUUGGCUCUGUGUGUGGCGUUAUUAGACCUCCAAAGAAUCCUCAAGAAUUCAACUAUGUUCAACACGACAUUUUGAAAAACACAACCGCUCAAUACAGAGCACCAGAGAUGAUCGAUCUCUACAGAGGCUAUCCAAUUAAUGAAAAGUCUGACAUAUGGGCCUUAGGUGUUUUCUUGUAUAAACUCUGCUACUACACCACGCCAUUCGAGAAAGUUGGUGAAGCCGCCAUAUUGCAUUCGAGAUUCCAAUUUCCUUCAUAUCCACAAUACAGCGACAGUUUGAAGCAUUUGAUAAGCUUUAUGUUAUCUGAGAACCCCACUCAAAGGCCUAACAUAUGCCAAGUAUUGGAAGAGGUCUCCCGCAUACAAGGGACUCCGUGUCCUUUGCGCAACUUCUAUGUUACAAGAGCUAUGCAGCAGCAGCAGCAACAUCAGCAACCAAAAAUCAAGUUCGAUCAUUCUGCGAGCCAACCGAAACUUGAUUCAGCAAACAACAUAAUUAAUGUGCCUUUUAAAAUGAGCCAUAAUCAACCUCUCAGGUCCACCCAAACUUUCGCUGGGGCCCCUGUUAAUGCAGCAUCUAAUGGGUAUUUGCCCGCUCUGAAGCCACUCCCAAUCCAGCCUGUGAGCUCAAGUUUCACAAAUGGCCCCUUUAAAUUCAUAGAGGGAAACAAAGCUUUGCAAAGCAAACAAACGCCGCACUUCCAGCCCCCAAUUAGCCACGACUUUAACAGACUUGGGAGGUCUCAAACUUUCACACCAACAAGCACUCUUGCCUCGAGGUCUUCUGUAAGCCCCCCUUUGGCAGGCAGAGGCGAUAUUUCCAAAAUAAUCAGCGCAAAUCCCACUAACGUGGAACCUUCUCCGAUAUACUUAAGCUCUGGAACUCAAACGGACGAUGGAUUUGCCUCUAGCCACGCUCUCAAGUUAGAGCGGACAAAAUCCAUUGCUUCACUUUCGUCUUCGGAGUCUGUUGAAUCACAACACACUGGCGGGAGCGCCACUAGAAGGUUUGGCCAAAAACUGAAGGUUUUCACAGGUGAGAGAAGAUCAAUUUCUCCAAUAAAAUCUCGCCAAAACACUGGCGACAGCGUAAGGUCUGCUUUCGCUACUCUACGUCGCGGCUUUUCGGGCGGAAGUUUCAAAAGCGAACUACCCAACAAAAGGAACUCUUUAGACAUCUCUUCAACAUCUUCCCAUUCAAAUGGGUUCAAGUUCCGUGUAUCAUCAUCCGAGUCUAUUGAAGAGGAGAACGUUUAUCCUCGAUUUUCACACUCAAGAAGCAGCAGUAGCGCAUCCAUUGUGUCCGAUUUAGAUCAAUUACAGCAGGAUGAUACCGGUGCGAAGAAUUACUACAAAAGCCACUCGCCAGUUAAAGUUUCUGCAACACAAGGUUCUCGAUCCUCUAUACAAAAGCGUGUUCAAGACUUGCUAAAGAAUUCCCAGGACUCCCCUGUCAAAAAGACUGCACAUGGCUAUGGAAUGCUCUCUCCGGGCGAUGAAGCAGCAGAGCUUGCCUCACAGCUUACGAAUGAGACUAUGCUGCAAAAUGUCCAUCAAUCCACAGCUUCAACACCAAAAGUGCUAUCACCAGCGAAGCGGAACUCUAGUGUCGUUAUUAAGGCGGGGCAACAAGUCUCCAAAGACGCGGAAGAGGUUCCCUCUUCCCGUAAGCCAGCGCCACCUAAGCCCAAGCGGCCGAAAAAGCCUUCGCAUCUGAAAGCAGAUAAGAUCAUUAAGGAAGCGGAAACUUCAGCAUAUGAGCACUCAGUUGACAUAAGUGAUAUUGAGAUUGACGAACUAGAGAAAGACUUUAAAAGACGAUUUCCGAGCGCAGUUUGA